AUGAAGAAAUCUCUUCUGCGCAUCCCUUAUACUGCUGAGUUCGCUCCGCCUCCUGUGAUCCCGGCCUCGGCGAACACCCUCCAGGGGGCCGUCACCGCGCUGGGCGAGUUCCUCACAUCUCCUGUCCCGCGGCAAAGGGGAUUUUCUGACCACACUGUCGUCCUAUCGGGCGCCGGUCUAUCUGUGGCAUCUGGACUGGCAGACUAUCGGGGAACAAACGGGACUUACCGUUUGAAUAAGACAUAUCGCCCCAUCUACUAUCAUGAGUUCCUAAGUUCACAUGAGGCCAGGAAACGGUACUGGGCCCGUUCAUUCCUGGGCUGGACCACUCUGAAUAAGGCACAACCAAAUGCAGGUCACUACGCUGUUAGAGAUCUCGGCCGCCACGGCAAUGUGCGAAACGUCAUAACUCAAAACGUGGAUUCAUUCCAUCCCAAGGCUCACCCAAAUAUUCCAACCUUGGAGCUUCACGGCUAUCUAAGGUCACUAGUGUGUACGUCCUGCCACAACGAGUUCCCGCGAGAUGUCUUCCAGGAAGAUCUGGCCCGGCUGAACCCGGCCUGGGCUGCUUUCCUACAAGAGGCUCUCGCCUCGGGCGCGCUGGACACAGAGAACCCGGACGAGAGGAGGGCCCGCGGGAUGCGCACGAACCCGGACGGAGAUGUGGACCUCCCGGACGCGCCCUACAACACCUUCCGCUACCCGGCCUGCCAGCACUGUCUAAGCACUCCGCCGCCUGCGCCCGAUGGCACUCGGCACAAGGUUGAGGUUGACCAGGAUGGUGCCUGGGCGUCGCCCAGCACCGCGGGCAUCCUCAAGCCUGCGGUCAUCAUGUUCGGUGAGAGCAUACCAAGCGCUGUAAAAGUGGCGGCGGAGCAGGCUGUGGACGGGUCCGGCAGGAUGCUCGUGUUGGCCACCUCGCUUGCCACGUACUCGGCUUGGAGGCUGGCCAAACGGGCCAAGGACCGGGGGAUGCCCAUUGCUAUCAUAAAUAUGGGCGGGGUGAGAGGAGAGGAGACCUUCGUCACCGACCUGCAUGCCGGCCAGAGCGGAGCUGAGGGAGUGAGGAUAAAUAUGACCACAGAACAAUUACUGCCGGAUUUGGUCAGUGCCUUGCGGCGGUCGUCCCCGGAGGAAUCUGUGCCCAACGAUUCGGCGCCGCUGGAGAACAGGGGCGCCGGCGUGUUCAAAGACAUGCUGUCAUGA